AUGAGUUCUACAAAAAUCACUAAGGAAAUGAAUAAUUUAGAUAUUAAUAAAGAUGAAAAAAAAUUGAGUAAGAAAGAACUUAAGAAAUUAGCCAAAAAAGCUGAAUAUGACAAAGAAAUUCAGUCAAUGGGUGGUGUUUAUGAUCCUGAUAGAAAAGAAUCUUUUGAAAAUGAAAUUGGUGGUAUUGGUUCAUCAUUAAAUGUUGGUGAUCAAUUUACAGUUUCACAACAAACAAAAACUCAGGUACAGGAAGCACAAGAUGAGACGUCAAAAGAUAUUAAAGUUACAAAUUUUGAUAUUACAGCAGCAGGAAAACUUCUUUUUAACAAAGCUGAAUUAAUUAUAUCUCAUGGAAGAAGGUAUGGUUUGGUUGGUCCAAAUGGACAAGGAAAAACAACCUUACUGAAACAUAUAGCAACAAGAAAAUUAAACAUUCCAAGUACUAUUGAUAUUUUAUAUUGUGAACAAGAAAUAAAAGUUGACAAGACAUCAGCAAUUAAUGCUGUUUUAAAUUCUGAUACUGUUCGUUUACAAUUAAUUGAAAAAGAAAAAGAAUUAAUUCAAAAACUUGAGGACGGUGAUGUUAAUGCUGGUGAAGAGUUACAAAUUUUGAAUGAUGAGUUAAAAAAUAUUGGUGCUGAUGCAGCAGAACCUAAAGCUAGAAGAAUUUUAGCUGGUUUGGGAUUUUCACGUGAGAUGCAAGAAAAAUCAUGUGAAGAUUUUUCUGGAGGUUGGAGAAUGAGAAUAUCUCUUGCUAGAGCAUUAUUUUUAGAACCAACUUUAUUAUUAUUAGAUGAACCAACUAAUCAUCUUGAUUUGAAUGCAGUUAUCUGGCUUGACAAUUAUUUGCAAACGUGGAAAAAAACAUUAUUGAUUGUUUCUCACGAUCAAGGGUUUUUAGAUAGUGUUUGUACUGAUAUAAUUCAUCUUCAAGAUCAAAAACUUUAUUAUUAUAAGGGUAAUUAUUCAAAAUUUAAAGAGAUGCAUGAACAAAAAAUGAGGGAACAUUUGAAGGCAUAUGAACAACAACAAAAAACAUUAUCUGCAUUAAAAAAAAGUGGUAAAAGUAAAAAACAGGCUAGUGAAGAGAUUAAAAAUAAAAUGGCACAUAAGACAAAUAAAGAAAAAAAAGGAAAACAUGGUAUUUCAACAAUAGGACAUGAAGAUGAUGCUCCACCACCUGAGCUUUUACAAAGAAUUAAAGAAUAUCAAGUUAAAUUUAAUUUUCCAGAUCCAACACCUUUACCACCACCAGUUUUAGGUUUACAUUCUGUUUAUUUUCAAUAUGGUGAUAAUGUUCUUUUUAAAAAUGUUGAUUUUGGUGUUGAUAUGACAUCAAGAAUAGCUAUAGUAGGACCUAAUGGUGUUGGUAAAAGUACAUUAUUAAAACUUUUAUAUGGAAAAAUUCCACCAACUCAGGGUGAACAACGUAAACAUAGACAAUUACGAAUUGGUUGGUUUGAUCAACAUGCAAAUGAAAGUCUUAAUGGUGAACAGUCUCCUGUUGAAUUUUUGGUAACUAAAUUUGGUUUAGAUUAUCAAGAUGCUCGUAAAACUCUUGGUACAACUGGUCUUGCAGCUCAUGCACAUACUGUUAAAAUAAAAGACCUUUCCGGUGGUCAAAAAUCUCGUGUUGCCUUAGCAGAUCUUGCUUUAGGAAAUCCUGAUAUUUUAAUUUUAGAUGAACCAACAAAUAAUUUGGAUAUUGAAAGUAUUCAUGCUUUAGCUAAUGCUAUAAAUAAUUUUGGUGGUGGUGUUGUUAUGGUGACUCACGAUGAAAGAUUAAUCAGAGAAACAGAAUGUACGUUAUGGAUAGUUGAAGAUAAAAAUAUUUAUGAAAUUGAUGGUGAUUUUGAUACUUAUAAGGAAGAAAUAUUAAGAGAUCUUGGAGAAACAUUAGUUAAAGCUUCUCUUUAA